CCGAUCUGGCGAACGAUCCAAACUUCCAAGAACACUCACACGGACCCUCGAAGUGCGCUUUUGUACAUGAACCACUCAUGCCAACCGUCUCUCCUCACAGAGCACGGUCUUGCCGGCGAAGUCAAGAUUGCGCGGGACCGUGACAUUAAAAAGGGUGACCACUUGACGUUCUUCUACCCUAGCACUGAGUGGGCCAUGGACCGUCCAUUCGACUGUCUCUGCGGAGCUCCUGAAGGUGUUUGCCUGAGCUCUGUUCAGGGUUCCAAGUACAUUCCGAACGACAGGAUUGGCCAGUGGUUCGUCAACGACCACAUCCUCUCGCUCAAGAAG